CACAACUCAUUCCCUGUCAUAGUAGAUAUCACAAAACAACGUCAUUCAGCAGAGCAUUCGCAUCAACUUCGCAAACCAGAAAUCAUCCAGAACCAUGGCUUUCUUCGUCUUAUUCGUCGAGUUCUGUAUUUUCUCCAUGGGCCUCACCAGCCUCGCUGGUGGAGUACUCGCCCUCUGUAACCCACGAAGCCAAUACCAACUCAAAGGCAUUCCAGACAUGAGAUCCUCAGAUGAUCCCGCCAGCUUCGCGCCGAUAUACAUGCUGGCAGCUAGGGAUAUAUCUUUCGGCAUUUUUAUCCUCGCACUCCAGUUCCAGUACAACCAUAUUGCGAUCGCUACCGUCAUGGCUGUCAUGAGCUUCAUGAAAUUUGGCGAUCUUCUAACUGUUCUUGCGGUUGGAGAAACAAAGAGACCACUUCCAGUUACUCUCCAUCUUGGUACAGGAAUUGGAUAUCUGGGCUGGGUGGUAUACCUUUGCAAAAACUAAUUCUGGGAUUUUGAGGGAGGAUAUGUGCUGAGUCUCUGUUCUCGGGUUACACUCAUUUACUUAUACGGAAGGUUAAACGACUCGUCGACAUUCCGAUUCGGCAUCCCAACAUCAAAAGAUCGUAGAAAGGGGAAGGUUUGAGAUAAACUGCUGCCGUUAGAUGAAGCCGUUAGCCAUUUGAACUCUGCGCCGGCUAGACGCUUCGUCAGCGGCACUUCGAUGCGACAUGGUGGAUAAAAGCCAACUCAGCAUACCGAAUCUGGGGUUGAAAGUGAACCAGAAGCUCGGAACCAGGCGGGAUGAUGGGUUAGGGGCACAAAUAGGCUUUGGACGGUGGUGCUUUUAGGUGGCAUUGCUUGAUCGUAAUUAAACCUUGUUCGAUUACCAACAUACGUCAACACUAAGUGCCGAGGGCGACACGGUCAAUGAUUAUUUGGGUGAAUACAACUGCAAAAUAUGCUGAGAUGAUUCAUA